AGCCCACCAGGGAUCUAACAAACCUCCCUCGUGUAACGAUCCACUAUCAACGCCAGCCUAUGCAUACGUCUAAACUCCAUUGCUGCCUGCUCUGAACUUAACAUUGACUGGGUGGUAUCUACACCGCUAUUUCCCCUCAAGUGGCUCUUAUAAUUUGGUACCUGAAUGCACUUCAGUUGAAACUUCUUCAUUUGUAAUUCGCGUAUCUCUCAAUUUCCAGCAAUCUCAAAUUCCAACUCUCCCCCUCUAGACCAACCACAACUUCCAAUCGCCCACACAUCUAAGGAAGCCCAACUCCCCUCAAACCACCGCAACAGCUAUGGCACCCAACACACCACCACCGCCGCCGCCGCCGCCGUACGAAAUCGGCGCAACAUGGAGCAGCUCCCUAACCACGGACGUCCAACUCAACGUCCGCGUCCGCGCCCACCACUUCCGCAUCACCCUCCUCACCGCACACUUCUCCUCCCACCCAGCAAUCCUCCAGUCCUACCUCCGGCACGUCGAGCUCUCAGACCCAGAAUACAUCCCCCCACCAUCAGAAGAAGACGACUUCCCCUCCGACCCCCUGGACGCCUUCUACGACUGGGCCGUCGCGCCCUUCACCUCCCUCUUCCACGCCAUCCCCCCGCUGGAAAAAGGCCGGACGUACACACUUCGCGACUGCUUGUUCCCCCCCGAGUCGGCGUAUACGUUACGCGUCGAGGGCGACGAGGUAGUCCCCGCCCCCUACGACGCUGGUGGUAGCCGCCCCGUCGGCGUGCUGCUUCCUGCGUCUAGCCCGCCGCUUAGGGAUAUGUCGACAGUGCGGGUGUACCGCCCUGAAGACGUGAGGGUGCGGCUUGGUGAGGAUGCUGUUGCUGUGCCGACGUAUCCGCGGAAGGUGUACGUUAAGCCAGGGUGCGAGGACGAGAGCGAGGGAGAGGGGGAAGAGGUACUGUGUUUCUUCAAGCAGAUGCUUGCGGGGGACGUUAGUACUACUGUUACGGAGCUCGCGACGUAUGCGAAGAUGCGUGCGGCGGGGCUGGGGGACGACGUGCGUGUGUCGCGGCUUGUGGGUGUGGUGGAGGAUGAGGGGACGGGGAGGGUGGUCGGGUUGUUGUUGGGGUAUGUGGAGUGUGGGAAUAGGACGCUGGUUUGUGCUGCGAGCGAUGGUAAGGGGGGUGCGUUGAGGGAGAAGUGGGCGGGGCAGGUGAGGCGGUCGGUGGAGGAGUUGCAUGCGAGAGGGAUUGUGUGGGGGGAUGCGAAGCCGGAGAAUGUUCUUGUUGAUGAGAAUGACGAUGCGUGGUUGAUUGAUUUUGGCGGCGGGUAUACGAGUGGUUGGGUUGAUAAGGAGUUGGUGAAUACUCAGGAAGGCGACUUGCAGGGUCUUCAGCGUAUAGAGGAAUUCCUUACUGGUUUGUCAAAAGAAUAACAAUUUGGCUGGUUCAGAUUUGGUACUUACUUCGUC